UGGAGUUGGGAACCCUGUUUACUGCUGAACUUGUUACAUCGCAAAAAUAAAAAUACAAAAAAAGCCGACACUUUAUAAUUGGGAAACUACUCUAAAAACAUGAUAAAGCACAAGUCUAGCAUUUAUCAUGUAUUAACUGCGAAUUCUUUUUACCAGUCUGUUUGUAUUUUGGUAAAUAAACCCCACGUUAUAAACAAGAGGUUAUGGGGAAACAAAAUAUGGUUUAAAUAUUUUCUUAAAUCAAUCAAUAAAAGUCUAGAGAUAUCUUCUUGGAGUAAAUUAGAGAAUACAAUCUCAGAAAAAAAUGUGAAAGAAUAUACUGAUAAAGUAUUUGAAGAACUUGAAUUAAAAAAGUGCGACGCAUCAACUAUCGAAACGGAAGAAACUAGUGCUGUUAUUAUACUUACAGAACUUCUACCGAAAUGUUAUACGGACAAACCAGCGUUUCAAUUAGUGUUUGUAAAUAAAUGCAACUCAACAGCCACAUUCUAUAAUGUAACUCCUGAUACUUUCAAUCAGAAUGUGUGUCCUGAGUUUACAUAUAUAAUAUCAUUAGAAAACAGUGAAGUUAUUUUAAGUGCAUAUGAUGAUGGUUUUUCAAAAUCAUACUCAUGGCUCAUAAACACUGUUAUACCACAAUUCAUAAAAUGGAGUAAUGAAACGCAAAAGGACAUUGGGAAUCAUAGUAUUUGCAAUGAAUCACUGGCUUUGGUGUCCAAGAGCAGAUACUAUCAGAAAUAUAAUGAACUCAAAUUGAAAUAUGGCAAGGAAAUGGUCAAGAUAUGGCCAGAAUGUACAGAUCCUUCAAAGUUUGUUUAUGAAGAUGUGGCUAUUGCCACAUAUCUUUUACUUCUCUGGGAAGACGAACAAGGCAGUGAAACUAAGAAGCAGACCUUUGUUGAUUUUGGAUGUGGCAAUGGUUUAUUAGUUUAUAUUUUAACUAAAGAAGGACACAAUGGCUUAGGGAUAGACAUACGGAAGAGGCAAAUAUGGGACAUGUAUCCUAGUGGAAUCAAAUUGGAAGAGAGAUUAAUUACACCAUCUGAACUAUCUUUACAUGCUGAAGCAGACUGGAUUAUUGGUAAUCAUUCAGAUGAAUUAACUCCAUGGAUACCUGUCAUAGCUUCAAAGAGUUCAUACAAAUGCAAUUUCUUUGUACUUCCUUGCUGUGCUUUUAAUUUUGAUGGCACUAAAUAUCAACGGAAAAACUCUAAUAAAACGCAGUAUACAGAAUAUUUGGAAUAUAUUAAGCAGUUAAGUGAAGAAUGUGGAUUUAAAACCUAUAUUGAUAGACUCAAAAUACCAAGUACUAAAAGAAUAUGUAUUGUAAGCAAAGGCAGGACAUAUAAAAUUGAUGAAUAUCAAGAUUAUUGUGAAAAAAUUCAAAAUAUCAUAACACAAGACUCAACUCCAUGUCCAGAAGAGAAUAAUUCCUUGUGGGUACAAGGUUUUAAGCCCCGAGAGACAGUUGAAAGAGUAAGGAAUUGUACCCAAAUAGACAAGAAUCUUAUUGAUUCAAUUGUAAGUAUUAUUACUAAUUACCUGUUACAAGAAUGUUGUUUAGAACCUGAUGGCAAAUGGUCAAUUGGAAAGGUGGUAGAUAUCCAUGUGUUGGUCCAACUGAUACCACCUGAACAACUGAAGCUAUUGAAAUCUGAAUGUGGUGGUCUGCAAACUCUUAUGAAAAAUAACCAUCAUAUAUUUCAAGUGCAACAAGGGAAAGUGCAAUUAAGAUAUCCAAAAUCCAUAGAUCAAGUGAGCACUAAUAGUAAGAAAAACUUAAACAAAGUAUAUAAAAUAAAAUUACAAGAAAAACCUUGUUGGUUUUAUAAUAAUCAUCCACAAGGGUGCCCCUUAAAAGAUGAUAAGUGCAGUUUCUUACAUGUUAAAAGAUGAUUUCAAUAAAAUAAAAUAAUUAUAAUUAUGUUAAAUAAAAAAAUAUAUUUCAUAUGAAUUAAAAAUCAAUAGCAUA